AUGAUGAUGAAGAUGAGGUUAUUUCACCUUUCCAACAAUUAUAUGCGGAAGAUUCUUGGCCCAACAAUGGGUGAUAAGGCCACUUGUGAUGAAAAUAAGUGGAAGUCUCCACUCAUAUCGAAGUACAAGGUCGAGCUAGUUCUGACCGUUGAUCAUUUGGGUUGUGGGAAAUUCAAAAGUUUACAAAAGGCAGUGGACGCUGUUCCAGAAAACAGCCAGAAAGCAUCCUUAAUCAUUCUUGAUUCGGGCACAUACAAGGAGAAAGUGUUAGUGAGCCAGAAGAAGACUAAUUUGAUAAUUCAAGGCCAGGGCCGUCUCAAGACAAUGAUAGUGUGGAAUGACACUGCGGCUUCAAGCAACGGCACUAUCUACAGCUACACAGUUUGCAUUUAUGGUAAAAAUUUCAUUGCUUACGACAUCGGCUUCAAGAACACAGCUCCUCGUCCAGAGCCAGGUGUAAUCGGAGCACAAGCUUUGGCACUGAGAAUUGCAGGUGACCAAGCAGCUUUCUAUAACUGCGGGUUUUAUGGAUUUCAAGACACUCUUAAUGAUGCUGAAGGAAGACAUUAUUUCAAACAAUGUUAUAUCGAAGGAACAGUUGACUUUAUCUUUGGGAAUGCUAGAUCAGUUUAUGAGAAUUGUACAAUUAUCUCUUUAGUCAAUAAUAAGAAUGUUGGAGCUAUAGCAGCACAAAAGAGGGAGUCGACUAAAGAGAAAACCGGGUUUUCGUUUGUGAAUUGUAAGAUAAAAGGAAGAGGUAAGGUGUGGCUUGGUAGAGCUUGGGGUAUAUAUUCAACUAUCGUCUUCUCAAAAACUUUCAUGUCUGAAGUUGUUUCUCCUGAUGGAUGGAAUGACUGGAGAGACCCCAAAAGAGAUCAGACAAUUUUCUUUGGGGAGUAUGGGUGCUCGGGUCCAGGAGCAGCAAGCCAUUCUAGGGUUAAAUACGCAAAGCAACUGACCCUAGCAGAUGCAUCUCCUUUCAUGAAUAUCUCCUACGUUGAUGGAAAUGAAUGGAUUAAACUGUAAGAACAUUUAGAACACAUAUAUAUUCAACUUCAUGUCAUUCCUUGACACGUAUUCUAGGACUGGUCAAUAUGAUCUGCGAGAAGCUUGCAUGAAGUGAAAAUCUAUCAUGGUUGGUGUUAGAAACGACAUCUUCUAGCAGUAAGUGAUGAACUAGUAUGAGAAGUACUUUGCAUUUCAUAAGAUCCGAGUUUUUUCUUUGAUGUAACAUACUGAAAAAGGGUUAUACAGUUAAUAGCACUAGAACAG